CUUACCACUUUCAUUCACUACCACCAGGAUAUAAAUGCUAUAUUAAUGUCCUGGUUCAGCUUUGUCUCCAGUCAUGACCAUCAUCCAGUUCUAUCUUCAUCAAGACCAUCCAAGCCUCCAAUACUUUAUCCACACUAGCAAUUGAAUCAAGAUGGAGAAGGGAAGUAAAGCCAUGAUGGAGGAGACCAGCGACUCAGUCAAGACGGAAAUUUAUUUUCCAGAGACAGAGGAGGACAAUCAAAAUCCAUCCAAGACGGAGAAGGAAGAUGACGGUGGUGACUCUAGCAAGACAGAGGUAUCCCCUUGCGAGACAGAAGAGAAGGGUCUAGCCAAGAAGGUGAGCUGGAUUCUCUCAAAGAAAGAAGAUCCUACCAUGGCACCCCUGCCAGACAUAGAAUUGGGUAAGAUCUGGAGACAAUUGGCAUGGGAGCGGAAGAACAAGCUCUUCCAGGCAUACGGCAUGGAUACAUUGGACCCCAACUUUGACUGGAACGGUCUCCGCGAGUUCAUCCUCAAUGUCAGCGAGUACUUCCACACAUACGUGGACCGGGUCAAAGUCAUAGAGAUAGACGUGCACGACCUGUGGGAUGAGCUAAUGCUUCUCGCCAAAGUAACCCCUGCGCAUCUUCCGGAGCAGGAUAAGAUCGUCGACAUUGUCCUGUUCGCCCGGGAACAGGGACUCAUCCACCGAUGGAGGCACGGCAUGCUAGAGGAAGCCAUCACCUCGGAAGGGACGAUCCUAUGGACCGACCUGCCAUUCCUCGUGCAGGACCUGAAGAAGACCUGGUUCAUAUCACAGACGGAUCUGGAUCAGGUCCUGAGGCACAAUCUCGCUGCGUUCACAGCGCGGCUCUGUGCAAAGGACAUCUGCGGCAACGAGCUCGCGUUCUGUGCUCUCUGGCUGCUGAGAAAGGCGCUUGAGACGCCGCGCCGCGUUUCGAGACCGUACUACCGGCUGCGGACGUCACUUGUCGAGAUGCUGCCUGCUUGCGUGGUUUGGUUCCAGUUCUGCGGGUACAAGCUGCUGAAUCUGGCGCUUGAUAAUCUCACGUUUUCUACUUCGAUCUACUUCACCAAAGAUGAUGUCAAAUUCACCGCGCCGGCAAAGCUAGCUGUCAAAUCCGGUGUGGAAGGACGGGGUUUCAGCCUGACGAGAUGGGUCUUCUGGAGGGAGCGGUUCGGUGAACUAUGCCGAUGCGAGGACGGAGAAGUGGCCAUAAUGGCGAAAUACGGGUUUGACGCGAUGAUACGCGCAGAGAAACAAAUGGAAGAGGAGAGCGAUGGCGAGGAUGAAUACCCAGACCCGAUGAAUGAUACGAACAUUGGCAUUGUCAGCGAUGACUUCCUGGAUCAAGUGAUGCGGACAAUGCAGGAACUUACAAUGGACAAGGACCCUGACGAUGGCGAUGACGAUGACGAUGAUGAGGCUGCUGAUCCGGGUGCUAGUUUGGACAAUGGGAUUGACUGAGCCGAGCUUCUACUGGAGAUGGACUGGACAUACUGGCACGCAUUACUCCACACGCCAAGGGACGGAAUUUAUCAAACGAAUCCCAGAUUUCUAGAAUCACAGACGGGUUGAUCAGGGAUCGUCGAUCUACUGAGGUCGUCGCAGCCCUAUGUCUGACGGAGAUACGAGGGAGAUACAGUGCAAGCGAUGGACACAGCCACAGUGAAAGCGAAAGUCCAAUGGAGCUCCAUAUUGAUGCCCCUGGCAGACUACGUUAAUGCCGCAUCUAUUAAAUAUUUACGAGGAUAGAGCUGUCCUACUUACUACGUUGAUAUGCAGCAGAACAAUGAAGCAGUUAAAACUCAAUUGGCCCCCGAACAGCAGACACAUAAAUGUGUCACGUAGCACAAGUAUCUUGAGGGCUGAGGUUGCAAACGAGUGUGCCUGAGGCUGGCUGAGAUCUAUGACGGCCCCGCAGCUCGCGGUCGAGUCCUAGACAAGAACAUAGCACGGUUUCAUCUUCUGCCGUCCCGGAUCAAGGAAAGAUGCCGUCUGGUAGAUGGAGAGGCUGUCACGUCCCGCGCUGGAUAUUAGAAUUAUCAUUGGGACCCGAGCCGUGGCGCUGCGCCGGCGUUGGGAUUAUUGCUUUGUGGCGUUCAGAAGCUACCUAGUAUCAGGAUGGACUUGGUCUGUAGCCAUUAGAUUAGGUACAAUGACUCCGUACAAUGUGUCGGCUGAGAAUAUCAGGAUUUAACGAAGACUAUUGGCGUCUUGAGCUUAUGGAACUGCACACGACAUCCCAAAAUCCAGCAACUUGACAGUUACUAACUAGCAACUAGCAACUAGCAACUACACCGUACAGUCCCUGGAUUGCUGUCUUUCGGAUCUGGAAUCGGCCGGCACCGUCCGUACACGGAUCGGCCACGAACUGGGCACGAACUCGAUGACUCGGAGUGGCAAGCACGGCAGGUUGGCAUUGAGCAGCCGUUGUAGGAUGAAGUGCAUGGAAGAGGAGUCCUGCCGGGUAUACCGUAGAUGGGGAAAGACUGGGCAGAAAUGACCAGCAACGGUGGAACAGACAGUGCCGAACUGACAACUCACUGCUACCGACGCACACAGGAGACGUUGUGCCACAACCACAGCAGGAUUGAGCAGG